CUGGCUCCGUGCGCGGACCCGGGAGCCCGCCGCGCUCCCCGCAUUCCUGCCGCCCGCCCCGGCCCGGCCCGGCCCCGGCCCCGCUCCGGCCCCGGCCCCGCUCCCGGCACCCGCGGCCGGCCCAGCCCCUCCGGAGCACGGAGCAGGUUGUCCCAUAUCCGUGGGGGCUCAGGGUCGGAGCCCAGAGCAGCCAGCACCAUAGCGUCCAACAGCUGGAACGCCAGCGGCAGCCCUGGGGAGGGGCGGGAAGAUGGCCAGGACGGCAUGGACAAGAGUCUGGACAAUGAUGCCGAGGGUGUGUGGAGUCCAGACAUCGAGCAGAGCUUCCAGGAGGCGCUGGCGAUCUACCCACCCUGCGGCCGGAGGAAAAUCAUCCUCUCAGAUGAGGGCAAGAUGUACGGUCGUAACGAGCUGAUCGCCCGCUACAUCAAGCUGCGAACGGGGAAGACACGGACGAGGAAGCAGGUGUCCAGCCACAUACAGGUUCUAGCUCGGAAGAAGGUGCGGGAGUACCAGGUUGGCAUCAAGGUCUCUAGCCACUUGCAGGUUCUUGCCCGACGGAAAUCUCGUGAGAUUCAGUCCAAGCUGAAGGCCAUGAACUUGGACCAGGUCUCGAAGGAUAAGGCUCUGCAGAGCAUGGCUUCCAUGUCCUCGGCGCAGAUCGUGUCAGCCAGCGUCCUGCAGAACAAGCUCAGCCCCCCCCCUCCUCUUCCUCAGGCCGUCUUCUCUGCUGCCCCCAGGUUUUGGAGUGGGCCUAUCCCAGGACAGCCUGGACCCUCUCAGGACAUUAAACCGUUUGCACAACCAGCUUACCCCAUCCAGCCACCCAUGCCUCCAUCACUAGCCAGUUACGAGCCCUUGGCUCCGCUCCCGCCAGCUGCCUCGGCCGUGCCAGUCUGGCAGGACCGCACCAUCGCCUCCUCCAAGCUGCGGCUCCUCGAGUACUCCGCCUUCAUGGAGGUGCCCCGGGAUGCCGAAACGUACAGCAAACACCUCUUCGUGCACAUCGGCCAGACGAACCCCUCGUACAGCGACCCGCUGCUGGAGGCCGUGGACAUCCGCCAGAUCUACGACAAGUUCCCCGAGAAGAAAGGCGGCCUCAAGGAGCUCUAUGAGCGUGGACCCCAGAACUCCUUCUUUCUCGUCAAGUUUUGGGCGGAUCUGAACAGCACGAUCCAGGACGGGCCAGGGACUUUCUAUGGUGUCAGCAGCCAGUACAGCAGUGCAGAGAACAUGACCAUCACAGUCUCCACCAAGGUGUGCUCCUUUGGGAAGCAGGUCGUGGAGAAGGUGGAGACGGAGUAUGCGCGGCUGGAGAACGGCCGGUUCGUCUACCGCAUCCACCGCUCUCCCAUGUGCGAGUACAUGAUCAACUUCAUCCACAAACUCAAGCACCUCCCAGAGAAGUACAUGAUGAACAGUGUCCUGGAGAAUUUCACCAUCCUGCAGGUUGUUACGAACAGGGAUACCCAGGAAACCUUGCUCUGCAUUGCCUUCGUUUUCGAGGUCUCCACCAGCGAGCACGGCGCCCAGCACCACGUGUACAAGUUGGUCAAGGACUAGGGGCCCUUGGGGACAGGCAGGGGCACGAGGGGCGUGCAGGGGAGGGAGGGGGCCCUGCAGAAAAGCCACCCUUUGGGCCUGUUGCCUUGUGAGAAGUCAUUUGAAGACAGGAGGAGGAAGGAGGAGGAAGGAAAACAAUAGCCAAAAAAGACUGACUUGUGAUCGCAGAUGUUUUCUACUUAGGAACAGUUUCUUUUUUUUUUUUUUAAUAAAUAAAUAAAAUUACCAAAAAAAAAAAAGAGAAAGAAAAAAAAAAAAGAAAAAGAAGAGAAGAAUGGGAAAGGAAGUGCAGGGAGAAAGGAAACCACAUCUGGUGCUGGAGAGGGAGUGAGCAGCCCUCGGUGUUGCUGAUGAAGGCCAGGAUCCCACCGUGCCACCAGCAGCAGCAGCAGGACGUGGGAGCAGAGAAGGACCCCUCCUUUCACCCCAGCCUCGCUCAGAAGUGGCCCCAGCCCUGAGUGGAGAGGAGAGCAGCGAGCAUGGACAGUCAGGAGGAUGCAGCACCGUGCCAGGUCUGAAGCUGAUUGGCGUGGCAGCAACACUGGCACUGGCCUGGCACUGCGUGGCACAGCCUGGGGGACAUGGGGACGGACGUGCAGGGCAGAGUGGAGGAGGGGGACACUGCCACCCCCCAGGGAUGCUCCUUCUUCAUGCCCAGCUGGGGCACUGGGAGCCAGUGGCAGUGAAGGCAUGAGGGCAUUGACAAUGCAAACCAUGGGGGUUUAUGGCUCCUUUUUUUCCCUUUUUUUUUUUUUUCCAAUGAAAGUGCUUUUUAAUACUUUUUAAAAAGACACCAUGCUUGUAAUCAGGCUGAUGGCCCUCUGCAGUGCCCAGGUGCUGCCCUCCCACCCUGCAUGGAAGUGUCUUGUUUAGGGAAAGGUUUGGGAUGCCUCCAUCUCUGGCUGGGAUUUGUGGAGGAUUCCUUGUGCUGUGUUCAGGAAUUGCACUUGGGGGUGGCCCAGACUCAGUGUCCCCACUGUGGUCACUUGCUGAGGAGUCAUGAGUAGAGAGCAGUGAGGGCAGAUUGCCUGAUUUAAUUUGUAUAUGUACAUUUUCCUUGUUUCAGGUUGGUUUUUUUUUGUUGUUCCUUCACCUUUUUUUGCCUUUUUUCUGCAAUGACUGUUCCAAACUGCUCCAUCCACUCUCCUGCAUCCUGUGGGAAGUGGCCAGGGAGGUGCAGGGAAAAACAUAUUGAGCAAUGCAGGGCCAAGCUGUCAGUGGGCAGAGUUUGGGACAGAAAGGACAGGGACAGAGAGGUGACAGAGAACAGAAGGGGUGCCAGGAUAAGGGACUGGGUCAGCUUGGAGGUAUUUUUGUGGCUGCAGCCCAAAGUAAGCCAAGGCAGAGUGCCCAGUCCUGAGGCUGCAACUGCAAGGGCAGAGUCUGGGGAAAGCAACCCCAGGGUGCAGGAGGGUCACAGAGGGACAGAGGUGGCAGGGAGCAGGGUGGCAGGAGGCUGGCAGGGGGACAGAGAGCCUGAGGUGGCCAGGUCUGGAUGGGUUUCUCAUGUUGGCAGGGGAGUGAAGGCAGUGGGAAGGAGGGCAGGAGUGUUUUGAGGGGCACUGCAGCUGCUUUGGGAGGGGGACAGGGCAGGUUUAGGCUCAGUGCUGCCAGUGCAAGGAGCAGGAACAGCCCCAGAGCUCAGGAAAGCACCUUGGCUGCUGCCUUGAUGCCACGUGUCCUGUGAAGCACGGGGACUUUGACCUCUUGCUACUGGGAAAAGCCUCCCAUCCCUGUGGGAUGGGGCAGAGCCAUCCCAGCCCCAUGCCAGGCCAAGGGCUCAGUGGUGGGACUGGACUGAGGUGGCUGCUGUGAGCAGGGAGGGAAAGAGAGAGGGAAAAAUCCAAGGCCAGGCACUGGCAAACCAUGCCAGGGCUGUGCUGGGCCAAGUUCUCAUAUGUAGCAUGUUUGUUUGUUGUUUUGUAGGUUUUUGGGUUUUUGUUUUUUUUUCUUCUGUUUCACUCACUGAUCUAAAACUCUGGGAAUGAAAACUCAAAACUCCCCCACCAUAAAACACAGGCGUGCCCACUCCCAGCCCUGAUGGGGGGAUGAAGCUCUUUGUUAACUGGACAGGUUUGUGCCUCCAUCCCUCCCUCCCUCCCUGCUGCCUGCACGGAGCCCAGGGCUCACACUGCACCCACGCACACAGACUGGUGCCCCCAGCAGCCCUGGCUGGGGUUUGGUCAUGAUCCCAGAGACACUUUCUCAACUCCCCCAGCCCCUCCGUUCGCCUCCAGUGUAUUUAUGAAUUUCACAUGAAGUACUGUUUUAUUUUUUUAAAGACUUUGUAAAGCUUACCAGGGUUACAAUCACCAUUUUUAGAGCUGCGUCAGUCCACAAUGUUAAAAAUCCAUUUUUUUAUGUAUUAUAUUUUUUGUGUAUUUUUUUUUAAUCCAGCUGUGAUGGGUUGUAUCAUAUAUUUGUUGUGUUUACUGUAUCUGUCCAACUUCAAAGAGAGGAGACUGUGGAGCUCCGAGAAAACUACGGUCUGCUGAAAAAAAACAUUAAAAUUAUUUGUUCAUGGGUUGGCUCAA